AUGGCCACAGUCUGGCCUGGCCGCAGGUCCACCUGCAGCAGCCACAGCUUAAACACGGGGCUGCCAGCUAUCAGAGGGAAUCGCUUCCAGUUUGGGCACUGUCCUGUUGGGAAGUGCUGCCGCAGGACAUUUACCAUCACCAACCACACCUGUCACCGGUUCAUGGGCUUUGAGUGGGAGGCAGAUGACCCAUUCCAGUUCUGCCCCAAAUUCAAACUGAGCCCAGUUGUGGUUCAGUUCAAGGAUACCUCCCCCUUGCAGACAAGGACAGCCAUGACUGACUGCAGGACCUUAGUCCUGAAAAACAACAGCAUGCUGCCCAUGGCCUGGCAGCUCCGUGGGCUGGAUGACCUUGUUGAGAACUUCUUCUUGUCACAAAAUAAUGGCAUCCUUGAUCCCCGCUCAGAGUUUGAAGUGACACUGCAUUUCAAGGCUGAGCAGAUUGGCAGCAUUGAGAAGACCCUCCGACUAGAGGUUUCAGAUGCAGAAAACAUCCUGGGGGUUGUUCAGACAGAAAACAUCAAAAUCUCUGCAGAGGUCUAUGAUGUUUCUCUGGGCAUUGACAUGCCUGAAGGUGCAGAUGGAAGCUUGGAAUUUGGAACAAUUAAUGUCCUGGAUAAGGUGAAGAAAGUCCUGAGUCUAAAGAUCAAAGGGAUAUACAGGAUUGAGUACAGGUUCACGCUGAAGGGUGCAGGUCCCAGGAUGCAAGACUUGGCAUCCUACUUCACUGUUACACCUCAGUCGGGCAUGGUGAAUGCCUCCCACCCUGAUGCGAGUGUUGAGAUAAUCUUCCACCCCACAAGUGAAAUCCUCCUCAAGAACAUACCCAUCCUGUACUGCCAGGUGAUAGAUGCCAGCUCAGGUGAAGGAGGCCAGGCUGUUACCAACAUCCCAAUAAGAGUGUCGGCCAAAGCCGAGUACAGCAAGUACAGCAUUGUGCCUGCCUCACCCACCGACUUCGGAGCCAUGAUCAAGGGCACCAAGAAGAGCCGGACUGUUGUGCUGAAGAACAACGGCACGCUCAGCUUCAAAUUCCACAUCCGCCGAGAACCCAAGCUUGCAUCUGCAUUGGAAAGCAAAAGUUCAAAGCAAGGGGAAUCUGCUCCAUCAGCUAAAAAGCGCUCAAAAGGAAGGAAAUCAGGCUCCUCGACACAGGGUCACCUCAGGCUUGGCAUGUUCACAGUGUCCCCCUGCUCCGGCUCCGUCCAUCCGUCGCGCAUGCAGUUGAUCAAAGUGGAGUGCCUCGCAGAGCAGGAGGGGACAUGGGAGGAGCAGAUCUACAUUGACAUCAUGGACAGAGACCCCACAGACAAUCCCCUCGGCAUUCCCUUCACCCUGAUUGUCGAGACCUGCGUCCCAGGUACAUACUGCCCACAGUGCCCUUGGUCACACUUGCUGCUGAUCAGACUUGUUGAGAAUGUCACGUCAAUCUUCAAGGAGUAUCCGAUCUGCAGCAGCGCCGACCUCAGCCACCAGCUGCAGUCGGUGAAAGGCACGGGCCUCUUUGUCAGAGAUGAGAAUAGAUUCAUCUUCAGCAAGGUUCAGGUUGGGCAAGAGGCAGAAGCCCAUUUCAGUAUCUGCAAUGCUUGCCGUCUGCCAUGUGACGUGGCCCUCUCCAUCAAACCCCUGCCUGGAGAGGAACAAAGCCUUAUCAACAACAUUUUCAAGCUGGAUCCAGUCAAGAUGUCCAUUCGUGGCUCGUCCUCUGCCGUUGCUACGGUGACCUUCACUCCGCCAGACAAGCAGAGCUACGACUGCACCUUUGAGGCUUCCCUUGAGAUGCCCAAGGGGUAACUGACCCUGUGAAAUAUUGGGGGAGGCCUCACUGAUAGCUGCCUCUCUCUCCCCUGGGAAGGCACAGGCCUCUUGUUAGCUGUAAUGCUUUCAGUAGCCUUAGGCAUGAGAUGAUCUGGGAGUAACUCUUAGAGUAGAAAAAUGAGGCUGAUGGUUUAUUCUGUAUGAAGAACUGUCAAGACAGGGAAAUACUAGGUAGCCAACUGGAAGUUACCCAGAUGUGCUGCAGCUGACCUGGGCGUU